GCCACACUCAACUCUGUGCUCUACAAGUUGAGAUGAAAUGAACUCCUCACGGCCUGCUCUUUCUGCACUCUGCAGAGGUUUGAUCCCGGCCCUCUCCACCAGAACCCUGACCCAGGAGACGACUGCAGCAGCUAAACUGAAGACCAUCGAUGACUUGCCUGGACCCACUUUGUCCACCACCCUCUUCUGGUUGUUUGCCAAAGGGUACAAGGACAAGAGCCACUUGCUGCAGGGUGUACAGAAGAAUCUGUACGGGCCGAUCUGGCGCUCCAGGUUCGGUCCGUUCGACUUGGUUAAUGUGGCAAGUCCCGAGCUCAUAGCCCAGGUGAUCCGACAAGAAGGACGCUACCCGGUCCGAGCGGAGCUGCCACACUGGAAAGAAUACAGAGACUUGCGGGGACAAGCCUACGGUCUGCAUGUGGACAAAGGGCAGGAGUGGUACCGAAUGCGGAGUGCUCUAAACCCAAAGUUGCUGAGGCUGCAGGAGGUGUCGGCCUACGCUCCAAUCAUCCACCAGGUGGUUGAAGACUUCCUGCAACGCAUCGAGUUCCUCCGCAUUCGCAGUCCAGACCGAGCUACUGUUUCCGAUGUGGCUGCUGAGCUCUACAAGUUUGGCUUCGAAGCUAUCUCCUCCAUCCUGUUCGAGACCAGGCUGGGCUGCCUGCAGGAAGACAUACCCGAGGACACGGUGCGCUUCAUCGCUGCAGUUAACGACAUGCUGACCCUGUCUGAGACCGUGGUGGUCUUUCCACGUUGGAUGCGCUCGGUCUUCCCCUUCUGGAAGCGCUUUGUGCAGGCCUGGGACGACCUCUACAACACAGCACAGACUCUCAUAGACAAAAGACUUAGUGACAUUCACAGUCGGAUGGAGCGAGGUGAGCUGACGGACGGGUUAUACCUGACUUACCUGUUGUCCUGUGACAAGCUGACCCAAUCCGAGAUCUACAUCUGUGUGACGGAGCUGCUGCUGGGCGGAGUGGACACGACCUCCAACACACUCUCCUGGGCCUUGUACCACUUGGCGAGGGACCAGCGGGUUCAGGAUCGAUUGUACGGCGAGGUGAAUGCCGUGUGUGCCAACAGGCGGAAGCCAGAUACAGAUGACCUGAGAGGAAUGCCCUAUCUGAAGGCUGUCAUCAAGGAAACAUUACGCUUAUAUCCUGUGGUUCCUGGAAAUGGACGAUUCACUGCAGAGAGCGAAGUGAUUGUGGACAACUACCGGUUCCCGAAGAAGACUCAGUUUCAUCUGUGCCACUAUGUUGUCAGCCGCGACCACACACAGUUCACCCAUGCUGAUGACUUCCUGCCGGAGAGGUGGCUUCGCACUCACGCCUUCCAGCACCACCCAUACAGCUUCAUCCCCUUUGGUGUGGGCGUCCGAGGCUGUGUAGGGAGGAGGGUGGCAGAAAUGGAGAUGUACUUCGCCUUGUGCAGGCUGGUGCAGCAAUAUGAGGUUCGGCCAGGAGAGGACAGCGCCCCCAUGGAGGCCAAAACACGAACGCUGCUCAUCCCAGCAAGACCCAUCAGCCUCCGCUUCCUGCUCCGAACCUGAGGCAACACUUGUGAGGAGGAGCAGCAGCUCUCUAUUGACUUUUCCCGUGGACGGCGAAGACAAGCGUUGAACGGACCCGCCGCCCUGUGCUUCGCGGAAACCUGGCUCAGUGAACAAAUUCCGGAUAGCUCCUCGGAGCAGACCGUGAAAAAGAGCUCUCCUAGAAGACGAAAGGAGACGGAAUAUGCUUCUCCAAAAAACGAAGGUUGGUGCAAAGAUGUUCAAGCAGCCAACACCUGGAGAGUUUUUUAAUCAACUGUAAACCGAUGUAUUCAGUCCUGGAGUUAAUUAUGGACGGUGUUUACAUUCCACACAGUGGUAAAGAACUCCUACGACUCUGUAGCCUGUGCAGAUUUAGGACUCUCUGAUCACUGUCUGAUUCCCAUCAUCCCGACCGACAUGCAGAAGUUAGAUACUGCUAAUGAGGACUGUAAAGAGAUGGUCAAGGGAAUUAAAAAGGCAGGCGUUACGAGCCUGCUUCGAUUGCACUGAUUGGAGUGU